AUGCCUGUACCCAAAAACCCCUGUACAGAAUGCAAAAGCGCUGGUGACGAGGCUGUAUGUACGCGAUGUCUCAAGAAAGGGCUAGACUGUAUCCGAGCGGGACGAGAUCGGCAGUUCAGAGAUGGCUCAUCAGCAAAGUACGAUGCCAAGUUCUCAGGGUCGCAGAACUGGGUGAACAGUAGUGCCAAGGAGUUUCGUCUUCAAACAAGUUCGCGUCGGGCAACACAGAGGAUCGCUCUAGCAGAUGAGGGUUCGUCUUUAGCAACAAACACAACAAGUCGACCGACUGUACACAUCGACGUAACAUCUAGUGGACCUCUUGGACUUGCAAUGGGGGAUUCAACAUAUUUUAAUUCGACCGUUUCAACAAGUCUAUCCCCUUCCCGUGGCGGGCACUCGCAACCUUCAGCCCUACCAGUAUUUCAAACUCAUCCUUCACAGCAUCCUUUGGCACUAUCUCAGCGCGGCCCUUCUUGGGGCGGUCUACUGCAUGCACUAGAACCACCAAAUCAACGAGACUUGCCAUUGGAGGGUGUUCAAGAAGCGUGUCUAUUACGAUACUUUAUCGAAGAGUUAUCACAUUGGUUCGAUCUAGUCGAUCCUCAACGGCGGUAUCAGCUCACCGUCCCCGAGAGAGCCCGAAGGUAUCCUCCCCUACUCAACGCCAUCUUGGCAAUGUCGGCACGACAUUUGUGUCGAGUUGAGAAAUACAAAACACCCCGAGGAAUAGUCUAUCGUGGUCAACCGUUGCCGAAUCUCAGUCCACAUUCUGCAGUUGAGUAUAUGCUCAAGUGCAUUCCGGUCCUCAAAGACUUUCACACUACUGAAGAUGGGGAGACACGAGAGUUGAUAGUUACGACGGCUGUGAUUCUACGUCACUUUGAAGAGCUCGAUGACGAAGAUGAAGAUCCCGCUCUCGGUACUCGUCCAGACGAAGGUGUCAACUUCCUCGCAAUCCUAAAUGCUGUUCUUCGGAGUUUAACAUCAGAUGAUCUUAUCAACCGUCGAGAACUGCUUAUCGCUUCGUACUGGGUUGCUUUGCGGCAAGAGGUUUACUACGCCCUUCGGAAGGGAUAUCCAGCCCAGAUGGUUGAGCCGCCUGCUGAGUGGUCAGAUAUAUCGCCAGCGAAUAGGAUCGUCUUCCAUACAAGUCAGGUCACAAAAUGGCUGUUUGAUGACAAGUCGGAGAGUGGAUGGCACAAACUCAAAGAACAGGAAGAAUAUCUAGAUCAAUAUGUGACAGGCCGCUUCGAGCCCAUUCUUCAUCGACCACCAGAUCGGGUUCUAGGAGAGGUAUUCCCAACGAUGUGGUAUGCAUCGCCUAUCGCCCUUACCGGCAUGCAACACAUGAUGAUAGCAAAGAUGAUCCUCACCGCUGAGUCACCUCUCCUCUCGAAAGCCGAAGAUGUCCGGACCGCAUACCGUAAAGCUGAAGGCGAAGUGCGAAGCCUAGUCCUCCAAGUCUGCGGUACAGCCGUCCAACACCCCGAAACACAGCCAGGUCUCGUAAAUGCCAUCUUGGCUAUUCAGAUUGGGAACAGAGGUGGCGGAGAUCGUGGAGGCCGGGGACGAGGCGGAGGGAGGGGUGACCGGGGCAAUUAUGGACCUCGGGGCGGCGGUAGUUUUCGGGGCGAUACUGGCAGAGAUAGGGGACAAGCUGGAGGUGGAAGAGGAGGUUAUGGGAGGCCGACUGGCGGUGGUCAGCAAACUAUCCAGAUCUUUCCCAACUCCCAAGGCCAAAACUCCCGGGUUGCAAACGCCGAAGAUGCAUUGCACCCAGCGACAAAGAAGAGGCUCAAUCUCGAUAGUCUGAAGCUAACCGAAGGUUUUCCCAGCCGUCCGGGAUAUGGCACUAGGGGCACCAAGAUUGAACUUACGGCAAACUACGUCGAAUUAUUGCCGCCUUCGACCUUGAGUUUAUAUCGAUACGAUAUUCAGGUCAGCCCUGUAGUUGUCGGUAGGAAACAUUUCCGGGUUGUGCAGCUACUCCUCCAGGCGCCGGAAUUUGCAGCCCGACAGGGCGACAUUGCAACGGAUUUCAGGUCUACUCUUGUCUCCAAAACAAAGUUUUCGCAGGACGAGGUCCUCGUUGAGGUUCCAUAUCGCUCAGAAGGUGAAGACGAACCGACUGCUAGGGCUACCGUAUACAAGGUUCGUGUGCAAUAUACGAAAACUUUGGAUGUCGGCGAGUUGGUCAACUACCUGAACUCAACGAGUCUCAGCCAGUCAUUGGUAGAUAAGCAGGAGUUGACGCAGGCUCUGAAUAUCUUUUUGAACCACUACGCCAAAUCCGCAAAGAACCUCGUCACAAUUGGAUCCACAAAGAGCUUUUCUCUCAGCAGUGAAGCAGCAAGAGGAGACAUCGGCUCUGGUUUGGAAAUCAUUCGAGGCUUCUUUUCAAGCGUGCGCGUAGCGACUUGUCGCAUUCUUGUCAACAUCAAUGUUAGCCAUGGAGCAUUUUAUCAUGCUGUUCCUUUACCGGAGCUCAUGAGAAGUUACGGACUUUACAGCACCGUCAUGUUGGAAAGGUUUCUCAAAUUGGUUCGCAUCCAGACAACGCAUCUUCCCGAGAAGCGUAACAAAGCGAACGGAGUUAUUCCCCGCGUCAAGACUAUCUUCGGGCUUGCCAGGAAAGACGACGGACAUGGUCUGGCCCACCCGCCGCGCGUUAAACAGCACGGGGCGGGUGCCAAAGAUGUGGAGUUCUGGCUCGAUGGUCAAGCUAGCACCACUGCCGCACCCAAGCCGGUAGCCAAGGGAGGCGUCAAAGGGAAGGCAUACAAUCGAGUUCUACGAGAACCGCAACUUCCAUUGGUUAACUGUGGCAACCGGAACAAUCCGAUGUAUCUCCCGGCAGAGGUCUGCGUUGUCCUCCCAGGUCAGCCCUCCAAGUCGAAGCUCAACGUGAACCAAGCGCAACAGAUGAUUCGCCACGCUGUUCGAAAGCCAUGGGAAAAUGCGAACUCCAUUUGUAGCGAGGGUGUGAAGACUGUUGGUCUAGAUGAGAACACCAAUGUACUUUUGCGUUCUUUCGGUCUGAAAAUCACACCGGGACUCAUCAAAGUUCCAGGUCGCAUCCUCUUUGGUCCAAAGGUUAUUUACAAAAACAACAAGGCCGCUGAUCUCCGCUUCGGUAGUUGGAACAUGACGAAUACUAGAUUUAACAUUGGCGCGUCCCUUGCCAAAUGGUCAUACCUGAUGAUCUCUGUUCCUGGGAUGCGCGACUCUUUCGACCAGCAAAGCUCGCGGGCCGUUAUGAAUGAGUUCCACGCCGCCCUGCAGAAAAUCGGCGUCAACACUGCUCAGCCGUUUCCAGGUCAACGCCUCCAACUUCAACAUCAAGACGAUCCCGCGCUCGGCCCAACUUUGCAGCGUGCUGCUAGAGACUUGGAUCUACUUUUCAUCAUCCUGCCCGGACCAAACAUGCCAGUAUACAAGCGCAUCAAGACGAUCGCCGACAAGAACUAUGGUAUCCACACUAUCUGCUCCGUGGGUUCCAAACUGGCGAAAGACCGCGGUCGCGACCAAUAUAUGAACAAUGUCGCUUUGAAGUUCAAUCUCAAGCUUGGCGGCAUCAAUCAGAGGGUGGAGAACAAGAAUCUCGGCAUCAUCGACCAGGACAAGACAAUGGUUGUCGGCAUCGACGUCACGCACCCCUCACCUGGCUCGUCUUCCAACGCGCCUUCUGUCUCUGCAAUGGUGUCUUCCAUUGACAAAUUCCUAGGUCAAUGGCCCGCAACGUUGCGCAUACAGCGCGCAAGACAAGAGAACGUGGACGAUCUCACGGAGAUGCUUAAAUCGCGCCUUGGCCUCUGGAAGACAAAGGGCAAGCACGCCGCUCUCCCGGAGAAUAUUAUCAUAUACCGCGACGGAGUCUCCGAAGGCCAAUAUGACAUGGUUAUCUCACAAGAGCUUCCUCAACUCCGCCGCGCGUGCGAGCAGAUGUACCCAGCAGCUGAUACCAAAAAAGGUCUUCCACGCUUCACUAUCAUAGUCUGCGGCAAGCGGCACAAAACGAGAUUCUAUCCCACUACUGCACAAGACUGCGAUAGGUCUGGCAAUACUAAACCUGGUACCGUCGUCGACCGCGGAGUGACUGAGGCGCGGAACUGGGAUUUCUUCUUGCAGGCACACGCUGCACUUCAAGGGACCGCACGCCCAUGUCACUAUUACAUCGUGCAUGAUGAGAUAUUCCGGCAGAUUUAUGCGAAUUCGAUUCCACUUCCUUUCCAGAGCAUCGCCGAUAUCGUGGAGGAUCUCACACACAAUAUGUGCUACCUAUUCGGCCGCGCCACCAAGGCUGUUAGUCUAUGCCCCCCGGCGUACUAUGCUGAUCUCGCGUGUGAGCGCGCGCGGUGCUAUUUGGCUGGUCUUUUUGACACGCCGUCGCCGAGUGCAGCCCCGUCCGUGGCUGGAACUUCGGCAGCUGGAGGAAGCGGGCAGCUAAGUCCUGAUGAUGUACAAAUCCAUCAAAAGCUGAGGGACACGAUGUUCUAUAUCUAG